AUGCGCAGCGUCAUGCACCCCGACAUCUCCAAGUUCACCGCCCUCACCGCCCUGUCAGUGCUGCUCGCCCACUCCCACCGCGGCCCCUCCACACAGGCUAGUCUCUCUGCUCCGUCAUGCGCUCAUGCCGACCACUCCCCACUGCCCCCCUGCGUGCCCCGCCACAGGGACCUGUCAAGCAACUUCCUGUCGGGCCCGUUGGAUCCGUUCAUCGCGCCCCUCACUGGCCUCACCGCCCUCAAAUCCAUGUACCACCUCCACAGCCACCCUGCUCUUUCUCUCGUCUCCCGCUCUUUCUCGCAAUCCUUGUUCUUCGCUGCUCUCCGUGCCCUCUUCUCGCCCCGCUCUCCCCUCUGCAUGUCCUACCCUGCUGCGCCGUGUGUCAUGUCAUCGCACCCACCUUUCCCCCACCCCGUUCCCCAUGUGCACGCAUGUGGUGAACGCAGGAGCCUGGGGUGGAACAACCCGACGGGCACGGUGCCGGUGCCGGGCACAGUGCUGCAGGUGCUGGAUCUGGAGAACAACUGGUUCAUUGGCAAGUUCCCCUCCACCGCCAACUGGUACUUCUGCACGGCGCACGCCAACUGCUUCAACGACCCCACGCCCUGCAAGAACAACAACAACCAGGGCAUCACUCAGCGGCCGUCGUGCGCCAUCUGCAACAGCACGGACGGCACAGGCACGCUGUGCGGCGGCAUUGUCCCCUGCCAGCCUGACCCGGCUGCCGUGAAGGCUGCCACCGCCUUCCCAACGACCAGCACUCCUGUGCUCGCCCUCACCUGCCCUCCUGUUCCGCCCGUCACCACUGACGCCACUGCAGGUACAACUGCGGUUGUACCUCAUUCUGCUGCCACCGUGCUGCUGCUGCUGGCCCAUGCCUCUCCUCAUCAUGUGCAUGCCAUGCCUCUCAUCUCUCCUCAUCAUGUGCAUGCCAUGCCUCUCAUCUCUCCUCAUCAUGUGCAUGCCAUGCCUCUCAUCUCUCCUUAUCAUGUGCAUGCCAUGCCUCUCAUCUCUCCUCUUCAUGUGCAUGCCCAUGCCUCUCAUCUCUCCUCAUCAUGUGCAUGCCAUGCCUCUCAUCUCUCCUCAUCAUGUGCAUGCCAUGCCUCUCAUCUCUCCUCAUCAUGUGCAUGCCAUGCCUCUCAUCUCUCCUCAUCAUGUGCAUGCCAUGCCUCUCAUCUCUCCUCAUCAUGUGCAUGCCAUGCCUCUCAUCUCUCCUCAUCAUGUGCAUGCCCAUGCCUCUCAACACUGCCACCCGUCACCCCGGACAGCCAGAAGCUGUCUGGCAUUCUGCAUGCUGACAUCACCAAGCUCACAGCACUCACAUUCCUCUCGCUCAAGUCGAACCUCUUCAAGGCACGCCUCGAGGAGUUUGGCAGGCCGAUUCCCUCGCUGCCCAACGUCGCAGUGCUCCUGCUGGACUUCAACUGGUUCUUUGGCAGUCUGCCCCCUGCCAUGAUCGGCAUGCCCAAGCUCACACGCCUCGGCCUGUCCUACAACUACCUGACGUACCGCGUGCCGCCGGUGUCAGCAGCACUCAAGGACAUCGACGUGGGCUUUAACUUCCUCUCGGGCUCCUUCCCGGCCAACACCGCCACGUCGUGCGGCGCCAGCAACAACUGCUUCAAAGCGGUCACGGGAUGCACCACCACGGGCACGGCGCAGUGCUCCACUGGGCGCAACUUCUGCGAGUCCACCACAGCGCAGGGCAUGCUGUGCUACGGCCACGGCGUCUGCACCGUCGACGCCACCGCUCCCUUCAACGCUGGCACGCCCAACGCUGUCGGCGCCGCCACGCUGCCGCUGGCUUGCGUCAGUAAGUGCCGGGUGCUUAGGAGGAAAGGAGGGGGAAAGAGGGUGGAAGAUGCUGCUGACGCUGGUGCACGCGGGCGGGUGCUGCUGCUAUUUCCGACGCUGCCUUCCCUUGCAACUCACUCUCUCCUUCCGCUCCCCCUGCCCCGCCCUCCUGAACCUGUGAACAGAGCAUGCGCUUUCCAGUAUAACGUGCUUCAUUCCCCUGCGCCACCGCGCUGCCAUCGUGCUCUCAUGUCCGCGGCAACGCCUUUCCCGCCCGCGCUGCCGUGGCACUCGCAGCGCCUCACUCACCUGCUCCGUCGCGCGCCAUUACCAUCUCCUCACCACCGCUUCCCCACGCCACCCCGCCGGCCCGUCGUCGUUGCCAGGGCCCUCGAAACCUCCGCCGCUGCUGCAGUUGCACCUGCUGCUGCUACGCGCAGCGCAUGCAGCGUGGACCCACCGGUACGACAGCCCCUCGCCGCCGCGAAUGACGCAACCCUAAGCCUCCGCGCGCUGCUCGCCGGCCCCGCGUCCGCCGCCCUCCUGCUCCUCCUCGUCGCGCACGGCGUCACGCUGCCGCCCGUUGCCGCCGUUGCCUCCGCAGGAAUGCCCGCGGGCGUGGCGGAACCCGCGGCGGUGGAGGAGGUGAACGGGGUGGCGGCGGAGUAUGGGCUGGCGGCGGAGGGCAGGCAGCAGGCGCAGCGAGCGGGGCGCCAGCUGAAGGAGCUGUUGGAGCAGCGGGGAGUGGCGGGGAGGGACGUGGUGGUGUUCGCGUCGCCCUUCAGCCGCACGCAGCAGACGGCCGCCCUCGCAGCGGCAGAGCUGGGCAUCGACGUCCUCGGCACGCGCUUUCAGACAGCGGAGGAGCUGAGGGAGCGCUACUUCGGGCACCACCUGGAGCUCAACUCGCAUGACCUCUACCCAGCAGUGUGGGUGGACGACAGGAAGGACGCCACAUUCCGCCCGGGUGGCGACGGGGAGAGUGUGCUAGCCGUGGCGCAGAGAACGGCACGCCUCAUUCAACACAUUGAAGAGGCUGUGGACGGGAAAGUGGUGGUGCUGGUGAGUCACGGAGACACUCUACAGAUCAUCAACUCGCUUCUCUACUCCUGCGAUCUACUGCCGUCAUCAUUCGUUCUACCCAAAGGCAUUGUGGAAUCCGCACCAACUCCAGAUCCCACCAUCCACUUGCCCUUACAUAGGUUGUUUGCCUUUCAAACAGGGGAAUUGAGAACCCUCAACUUCUAG